AUGAGUGCAAUGGCUUCUUCAGAAAGAAAACCCAUAUUUCGUUUAGCAACAAUUAAUGUUCAUUCAUUUAGUACACCAGACAAACAUCAAAAUAAUAUCGAAGAAUUAGUAUCGAUUGUCGAAAAACUUAAUCUUGAUUUAAUUUCUGUUCAAGAAAUACAAAAUAAUAAAAAAUGGGAGAAAUUUUGUCAACUCCUUUCUUUUCCAUAUUUUAUUUAUGGAUCAAGUGAGGGAGAAUAUUUUGGUAAUGGUAUUGCAUCUCGCUAUCCAAUUCAAUCGUCUUCAAAUAAAAAGUCCACAUUUUUCUGUCGAGCUGGAACAAGAUCUUUAUUCCAAUGUUGUUUAGAGGGUGAUCAUUCAUUUAUUAAAGAUCGAACAUUUGCCGUGACGCACUUGGAUCCUUAUGAUGAAGAUGAUCGAUUAAAACAAAUGAUAGAAUUUGAUCCACAUUCACAAAAAGUUGAUAUCUUAAUGGGCGAUAUGAAUGCAUUGACUAGAGAAGAUUAUUCCGAUGAUUAUUAUCAAGAUGCGAUUGUUGGAAAAAGAAAAUGCUCUGGAUGGGAAAAACCUCGAUUUGAUUUAAUCAAAUUAAUCACAGACGAAUGGAAUUAUCAAGAUGUUUUUAGAUUAAAAAAUCCUCAAAUAAAAGAUGAACAAGCCGCAACAUGUCGAUUUGGCACUCGGAUUGAUUAUAUCUAUGUACAUCCUCGAGUCACCGAUCAAUGGAUUUUAAACGAAUGCUCAAUAAUUGAGACAAAAGGAGCAACAGAUCAUAACAUUGUUUUUGCUGAAUUCAAACAAAUAGAGAAAUAA